AUGUGCGUCCGGCCGUGCCUCUACUUCUCGGGGGCGUGCGCGAGCGGCGACGCGUGCAAGUUCUGCCACUGCCCGCACCCGACUCGGCCCGUGCACCUCGGGAGGUCGCACAGGAAGGCUCUGGAGGCGACGACCGCGGCGGAGUGCUUCGGCAUCUUGCUGCCCGUCCUCGAGAGGAAGAUGCUCGCGCUGGGCCUGGCCACCGACGCGCUCCGGCUGCUGGCGGAGCAGCCGUGCGCCCGGCCGGGCGGGGCCCCCGCUGACGCCGGGGGCCAGGUCUCGGGGGCCCGGGACCUGCGGACCCUGGAGAAGGCCUUCGGAGCCCUGUCCAUGCGGUCGCUGCUGGUGGUGCUGCAGAGGAAGGUCGGGACGCAGCGUUCGCGCGAGAAGGCCCUGCUGGACUCGCUGAUUCAGGAGGUGCGCAGGGCGGGUUUCCUCGUGGACCUCGGGGAGGACAUCCAGGAGGACGCUUGA